GGCGAUUUUGAUCGGUCGAACCGGCCGGUUUGUUGUUAAAAUCAUUGCCCGAUUCGGUUGGGUAAAGAAAUAAAAUUUGAGCAGAAACUGAAAAAUUGCGGCGAACGGAGGAGAUAAUGCAGAGCACACCGUUGGGGACGACGGCGGUUUCACCGGUUUCAGUCAAACUCAACUCUUAUGGCCGCCGCCUCGUUCCCUCUUCAGGAGUCUCUAAUUUCUCUCUACAUCGUAGGGAGAGACGUCACUCAUCGUCUCUCUCGCCUAUGGUUUCUAUUUCUCAUGCCCUUUCCAAAACCAGAUCAGGAGCAUGUAAUGCAAGUCAGAUAGUUGAUAUUUUUCCAGCAGUUUCACCUGAAAUCGUUGUUCGUGAAGCAAGAUUGGAAGACUGUUGGGAAGUGGCAGAGACUCACUGCAGCUCUUUCUUCCCGGGAUAUUCCUUCCCACUUGAUGUUGUUCUGAGAGUAGAUAGGUUAAUGGCUAUGGUAAUGGGAUUUUCUGUUCCACCAGGGUGCCGUAGGACUUGUUUAGUCGCUGUGAUAGGUAGUUCGGCAGAUGAGACAAUCUGCUUUGGAAGUGAAGAUUUCAAAAUUGGAGCCUUUGAUGCAAAAAUCAGCUUAAACAAAGGUUAUGUUGCUGGAAUCUUGACUGUGGAUACCGUGGCAGAUUACCUUCCAAGGAAAGGACCUCUCCGCCAGAGAAGGACGGGGAUUGCUUACAUAUCAAAUGUAGCGGUUCGAGAGAAUUUCCGGCGCAAAGGAAUAGCCAAGAGACUUGUAUGGAAAGCAGAGGCUUUAGCCAAGAACUGGGGAUGUAGAGCUAUCGGCCUUCACUGUGAUCUCAACAACUUAGGAGCCACCAAGCUUUACAAAGAUCAAGGUUUUAGAUGCAUCAAGAUCCCUGAAGGAGCAGUUUGGCCACAACCACAGACAUCUCCGGACACCAGGUUUAACUUCAUGAUGAAGCUCGUGAACAAUAACAAUACACAAGCUCCUUGAACAGUCACGGUAAAUCCUACGUAAAAGGAAAUUUGAAUACCGUUUGUUGAUGAAAUAGCUCUGAUUAUGUAAAUAUAUGUUAUUGGAGCUUGUGGCCUGUGUUUGUUUUGUCUUGCGGUCUUGUAUAAAAAAUGUUACUGUCGAUAUAUAAUAUUUCCAACCAAAUUCGCUUUUAAACUAA